AAAAAUGAAUCACAAAAGCGUAAAAGUAAAAUAAAAGCGCACAGAAGUGUCAUAGACACGAAUUCUUUAGUUACAGGCAUUCCUAUAUUCACCAGCAGAUUGUCAGAACGGAACUGUAUAGAAAUUGUCACAAAGCUGAUCGCAGAAAAGCAGCUGGAAGUAGUGCACACACUUGAUGGCAAGGAGUAUGUCACGCCAGCACAGAUUAGUAAGGAGAUCCACGAUGAGCUUCAUGUUUGUGGUGGUCGAGUUAACAUUGUCGACUUACAACAGGUAAUAAAUGUGGACCUUCUGCACAUUGAAAACAGAGCUAAUGACAUUGUUAAAUCUGAAAAAGGUAUUCAGCUUGUACUGGGACAGCUUAUAAACGAGAGUUAUCUGGAUCAAUUAGCAGAAGAAAUAAAUGAUAAACUACAGGAAACUGGCCAGGUGACAAUAUCAGAACUCUGCAAGACGUACGACCUUCCAGGAGACUUUCUGAUACAGGCAUUAUCCAAGCGUUUGGGCAGAAUUAUUCAUGGACAACUAGACCAGGAAAACCGUGGGGUGAUUUUUACAGAAGCCUUUGUGUCCCGCCAUCGAGCACGCAUUCGUGGGCUCUUCACUGCAAUUACACG